AUCAGACACGCAAAAUUGAUCUUAUAAAUAUAUAGAAGAUGACAGAGUGUAUUCCAUGCACAGGCUCAGUCUAGUCAACUUCAGCAUAGUUAGAGAUUCAACCCGGCGGAAGUUUCUUUUCUUUUGGUUGUUCUUUCUCAAGUUUCGUUUUCAGUCAAUUUCAAUUUGAAGAAUUUGGGAGGUGAUACCUGCAAGCCUCUGAAGUUUAUAUGUGAAUCAAUUUGUCAAGGAAAAAAGUCCAUGUUCCGUGUUGGUGUGUCAGCGAAUGUGCUACGAAGCGGUGCAUCAUCACUAAGAUUAGGCGCGCGCAGAAUUUUGGUGCUGACUAAACAAACGCUGCCAACAAAAAAUACAGCUGUAGUGGGACCGUUGGGAGCGUCUCACAGACGAGGAAGAGAAGCUCAUCUUUCAAGCACACUUGGGGUAUCAACAUUUAGGCCACUUUCUUCGUCCAAAGUUUUGCGGUCGGCAGCUGGUGACACAAUGCCGGUCACGGUGCAAGUUCCAGCGGGGGCCACGUCGCCCAAGGAAGCUAUCGACCAGCUGAUUGCCUCGCAUAAGCUGAUGAUGUUCUCAAAAAUGUGGUGUCCAUUCUGCCGGAGAGGAAAAGACGCACUAGAUUCUGUCGUUGGACCAGAAAAUUACGCUGUAUUCGAACUUGAAGACAUGGAGAGAGGAUUUAUGAAAGGCUUUGUCAUAAAAAUGAGUGGGCGGGUGAUUUUCUCCUCCACCUUAGGUGAUAGUUGAGUAUAUGGAUUCGCGCUAUCUUCCUCGAUCAGGUUUGUCCUCUACCUUUUUUAGCAACAUCGACUUAGACUGCAUGUGCUUGCAGAGGAUACUAGCUUACACGAGAAACACCAUCUGAGAUCGAACUUAUUAUGUUUUAAGAAUAGAACUCCGUGAAAACUACACAUUUCGUGCAAGAGGACUUUUUCUAAGACAUCUUUGGUGUCCGGAAGUGGCGAGCCUGCGGAUUUUCAAGAUUAUUUCAAGGAAAUUGCGGGCACGCGAACAGUACCGAAAGUGUUUCUAGGAGGCAAAUUCAUUGGAGGUGGGGAUGAGGUCACCGCGCUAGCGAAAAGCGGGCAAUUGGAAACGAUGGCAAUAAAAGCAGGCGUCCUUAAGCCAGCAAAAACUGCAGCUCCGACAGAGACCAAUGUUCGGUAUUUCGUAAAUGGAAAGCAAGUCGCAGCGCCCGAUGGAAGCAAAUACUAGCAAAGCUGUCCGACGGUCGCCGGCUUGCUUUGUAGUGCAACGGAUACCCUCCGCGUGUAAAAAGUACUUCUCGGCUGCAGUGAAAGAAAUCCCUUGCCGCAGCAUGCACUUGCAUCGACGGGAUUCGCCCUCAGCUCUCGUUUCAAUCAACUCCACCCACAGGAAUAAAGAUGGAACUAAAAAACCACUGCCACACCUCAACUCUUCUCAAUCCGAAAUGAAACUUACUUUUAUGUCUUCGGGAAAGUUCAAGUUCUUUAU